AAAAUCAGGAAAAUUUGUCAAUUGCAGAAAAUAUGCGGUAUGCUGUAGUUUAUUAUAGCAGUAACUUCCAGAAUAUCUGUUAUCUACAUAUUGCACAUGUUAGAUUAUUGUUGAAUUGUCUUUUUUUACGAGCACAUAUAUAAUAACCCUACCGUUGCAAUUCCAAAUGUGUUGACUAUAUAAUAACAAAAAUUGUAAAGAAUAAAUUCUCUCGAGCGUCAAUUGAAAGAUGGAAAAAAUAAUUCAUUUGAGAUACAACUCAACGGAUAAAAAAUUUCAACUGUCUAUCCCUUUGAAAUUAAAUUUCCAAAACGUAGAAAUAGACGAAGAUAUAGAAACUGAAUGUUCUGCAUCGGAAACCAUAGGUUUACUGCUUGAACGGACGAAAGACGAAAUAAAAAAUAAAAUCCACCAUAAAUCGAAAGAGAUCGGAAGUGAAGUCAAGAUAGAAAAUGACGAUAUCGAAAUAUAUCUGAGGCGUAAGAGGAAAGAAGGAUAUAAGAUAAUUCCUGAUUAUGUGAAAAUAUUGUCGAUGAUGUCGCAAGAUCAUUCGACAAGUCGAUUGACGAUUUUCGACCAAGAAUUCGGGGUCUGUGUGAAUGCGCCGAAAAUCAUGCAUUUAUCCAUUCCUCCCGUCUUAUACGCACCUUACUCUAUCCGAUACGCAAGAAUAGGUGGUUUGAACAUCAAAGCUCCUCUUUGUAAGUUCAAAUGGUACAGAUCGAAGGAUAAAAUUGAUUGGGAGGAAGUUGGGGAGGGAGUUUCGUACCCGAUCAAGUUGGACGAUAUUGGGUACUUUUUGAAGAUGAAAUGUUUUCCCUUCUCUUCUAAGGGAAUCGAGGGAUCUCCUGCUGAGGUUGUUUCGGAAGGGGUUGUUGUGGAGCUCACCAAAAUACCACAAUGUCCGUUUCAUUUCAGACAUACACAUACAAAGAUCACACUCUCUGGGCAGAGUUAUAGAGUGGUAUCCUAUAAUGCCUUAUCUAGCCUUUACAAUCGGGAAGAAGAUUUUUCGUAUUGUCCUGACGAAUUCAUGGUGAUGAAUUACCGGAAACAACUGAUUCUGAGAGAAAUCCUUGGUUACAAUGCUGAUAUUGUUUGUCUGCAGGAGAUUGACCUGUUCGAAUACCAGGAAUUUUUUCAGCAAGAAUUGGAAAAUGAAGGAUAUUUGACAAAAUUUUAUCGAAAAGGAUUCUAUUUAGGUGACGGUUUGAUGUGUGCUGUACGGAAGUCCCGUUUCAAGUUAAAAGCCUACGAACAGAUCGUUUUUUGUAACGCGAUAAGGUCCAAAGAGAUCUUCCAGAACCUCUACGAUAUACUGAAAACCGACAAAAAGCUGUUCAAAAGGUUUUCCCUCCAAUCUACAUCUCUGCAGGUUUUCGAGAUAAAAUGCAAGGAUAAGAGGAUUUUACUGAUUGGCAACACACAAAUGUCACACCGCCCUGACAAUGACGAUACUAGAUUGAUUCAUGCCUACAUGACGAUCCGUUAUUUAAACUCUCUGAAGCAAAGACUACUGAAUAUGAACGAGACCUUCAAAGUGAAUAUUGUACUUUGUGGAGAUUUUAAUUCUCUACCGAAUUCGGCAGUUUACAAAUUUAUAUGUGAUGGCAAAGUUGAACCUGAGGACUAUCUGAAAGUUGGAGAUCGACUUUUAAAUUUGCAACACAACAUGAGGUUUGUGAGUGCAUGCGGUUCACCGAAGUAUACGGUUUACACCCCUAGUUUCAAAAACUGCAUAGACUAUGUGUUUAUUGAGGAAGAUACUGAGGUAGAGCAGGUUGUACCUUUUUUGGAGGAAGAGGUUGAGAAACAUGAGGGUUUACCGAAUGAUUUGUAUCCCUCUGAUCAUCUAGCAUUAGUGGUAGAUAUCAAGUUCAAAGAUUGAAGCUUUGAAAUUUUUUACGCGACUAGUGUAUGUGAUUGAUGAGAAAUUGAAAUACGAGAAUGUAUUGAUUAAGUUUUUAUGUAUUGAUGUGGGAUAGAAAUGAUUUCGACAUAAUAUUUGUAUCUCACGACAAAAAUUAUAUUUUACUUAUAGGUAUGUAAUUCAUUAGAUGUUUUUUAUUA